UCUGUGUUCAGGUUAAACUUGCGAAGUAUGAUCAUUUUGUUGCUUAUUGUUUUUGUUGUGCAGAUUGUUACAAGUGAGAAUACUCAAGAUUCACCUCGUUCACCAUGGCAUUACAAAUGCGAGGGUGGUCUUUGCAAAAAGGAAUUAAUCACAAAGGACGUGAGUGCACCACUCUCGUUGGAAAUGUGCGAAUUAUUUUGCGGCGCAUCUAGUUCGUUAUGGCCAAAGCCAACUGGUCACCUGUCUUUGAGUAAAAGUAUGGUUCAGCUUGAUCCUGAAAAAAUUGCAUUAUCUACCGACGUAAAAACAGAAACGACGCAACUUGGAUAUCUUCUUGAAAAGAAUAUAUUAUUAUUGAAAAACAACAUUCUGAAGAAUUAUGGCGGGAAAUCAAGAAAAAACGGCGGUGUCGGCAUGCUUAUUCGAAUCACAGGUCUUAACGAAACUGACAACAUUAAACUAACUUUGGACACGGACGAAAGUUACAUUUUAACUGUAACACAAGUGGAGACAUCGUUGUUGGAUGUCGCGAUUACGGCGAAAUCGUAUUUCGGUGCACGACAUGCCCUGGAAACUAUGAGUCAGAUGAUUAUUUUCGACGACACACUGGAAAAGAUUCAGAUUCCAAACGAGAUCUCGAUUACCGAUGGACCUGUAUAUCCUUACCGUGGAGUUUUACUGGAUACCAGUCGAAAUUUCGUCGAUAAGGCAACGAUAUUACAAACGAUCGACGGUAUGUCCAUGUCCAAGUUAAAUACUUUGCAUUGGCAUAUAAUCGAUUCUCAGAGUUUCCCCUAUGAGAGCAAAACGUGGCCUUCAUUUUCCAAGUUCGGUUCUUACACGCCUGAGAAGAUCUACGAUCAGAAGGAUGUGAAAGAAAUCGUUGAAUACGGACUUAUCCAUGGAGUCAGAGUAUUGCCAGAGUUCGAUGCACCCGCCCACGUGGGAGAAGGAUGGCAGUGGGUUGGAGAUGAUGCGCUCGUUUGCUUCAAAGCGGAACCCUGGCAUAAAUACUGUGUGGAACCACCUUGUGGUCAAUUGAAUCCGACCAAUGAAAAAGUAUACGAGCUUCUUGAAGGAAUCUAUAAAGAUAUGCUGGAGGAUUUUCAACCGGACCUGUUUCAUAUGGGUGGGGACGAAGUGAACAUAAACUGUUGGAAUUCUUCGCUCGUUGUUACAAACUGGAUGAAAACUGUGAAAGGUUGGAAUCUGUCCGAAUCAAGUUUUUAUAUGCUUUGGGACUAUUUUCAAAAGAAGGCAUUGGAGACGUUAACGAUCGCAAACAACGGAGAGCAGAUACCUGUUAUUCUAUGGACCAGUGGUUUAACCAACAAGGAGAACAUUAAAUAUUUGGAUGCUUCGAAAUAUAUCGUACAGAUUUGGACAACCAAAGAUGAUCCUACCCUCGGUAGUUUGUUACGGAAUGACUUUAGAAUUAUUUUUUCGAAUUACGACAGUCUCUAUUUGGACUGCGGAUUUGCAGCCUGGAUAGGUCAAGGUAACAAUUGGUGUGCUCCUUAUAAAGGGUGGCAAAAAAUCUACGACAAUUCCCCUUUGAAAAUACUCGGAUCGCAACGUCUCGAAAGUAAAAAGAAUCUUAUAUUAGGCGGCGAAGCAGCUCUUUGGACGGAACAGGCAGAUAGCGCGACGAUAGAUGCGAAAAUUUGGCCUAGGGCCGCGGCACUUGGUGAGAGAUUAUGGGCAGAACCAAAUUCAACAUGGAUACAUGCGGUGCAAAGGAUGCUCAGGCAUAGGGAACGAUAUGUGAAAAGGGGAAUCACCGCUGAAAGCUUACAGCCCGAAUGGUGUUUGCAAAAUCAAGGUCACUGUUACUCGUAACAAGCAGAGCAUCCCUCUGUGUUUCCCUCUUUUCCAUCUACACGUGCAACACAUCUGUGAUUUUGUCUUCCGCGUUUUGCACAUAUCAUUUUGAUUCGACCAUCUUUCCUCUCGGAGGGGACUUUUUUUUAUUACCUUUACAGCUCGUUGCGUUACAAUCACGAAAGUAUAUACAUACGUAAAUUACGUUAGGAUCGAGGAAUAAUGUUAUUUUAAUUGUUCAGUCGAUCGAUUUAUUAUUCUACAUAUUUACAAAAAAAGACGAGUCGUUCUUCGUUCGAUGUCGGAUCAUUUUUACCUACCUGUUACCGCACGUAAGGGUACUAUAAUACUACUACUUAUGUACACAUGUAAUACCGAAUAAACGAUUAAGGAAUUUUGUAGUCACA